UUCUUGAAUUUCGCUUGCAUAUAUUGCAUUUUUUUCAUUCUCAAAAGACACGCCUUCAAUGUGCCCAAUUACAACGCGAGCAUGAAGAUAUUAGCCGAACAGCAGGCCGUAAGUACUGCUGCUCAAGGAGCUCCCGAAGAACGCUCUGAGAUUGUGGAGGAACAUCUCUGGCGCCACGGUGGUCCAACUUUCAAAAAUGUCCAACCCAAAUCCUAUAAGAUUCUCGAACAACAGUUGCCCCAAUCAGAAAUGGGCGGUGGUACUCCAGGAUCAGUAUUUGAGAGGAAUACUGAUGAAAGAUCGCCCUACCUAAAGGCCACAGAGCAGACUAUUCAAAAAGCCUACGGAGAAUCAUAA